AUGGUCGCACCUCCUUCUCCUCCUCCACCUCCUUCUUCUACCUCUCCUCCUCCUCCUCCUCCUUCUUCUUCUCCUUCUUCUCCUUCUUCUUCUUCUUCUUCAUCGUCCAUUGCAACUUCUUCUGUUGCCUCGACAUCCUCACCACCCUCACACCCCCCGCAGGCCAGCACACAGUCCCGGCUCUCCCAAAUCUCAUCCCACAUUUCCCCCAUGGCAGCCACUGCUUUCAGCGCGGACGUGGUUCCGCAGGCGCCCGAAGACCCCCUGUUUGGUCUCAUGGCUGCCUUUCGUCGCGACGAGGAUCCCAACAAGGUCGACUUGGGCAUUGGAGCCUACCGUGACGACAAUGCGAAGCCCUGGAUCCUGCCUGUGGUCAAGAAGGCCGACGACCGCCUCCGCAACGACCCGAACCUCAACCACGAGUACCUGCCCAUUGCUGGUCUUGCCGAAUUCACCUCGGCCUCGCAGAAGCUGGUCCUCGGCGGUGACAGCCCCGCCAUCAAGGAGAAGCGGGUCACCAGCCUGCAGACCAUCUCCGGCACCGGUGCCGUCCAUCUAGGCGCCCUCUUUCUUGCAAAGUUCUACCGGACCACGUCAGAACGCACCGUCUACUUCUCGGACCCAACAUGGGCGAACCACUUCCAGAUCUUCUCCAACGUCGGCCUGUCGUACAAGACCUACCCCUACUUCUCCAAGUCGACCAAGGGCCUCGACUUUGAGGGCAUGAUCAGCACAAUACAGGCCGCACCCGAGGGCAGCAUCAUCCUGCUCCAUGCCUGCGCUCACAACCCCACCGGUGUGGACCCGACGCAGGACCAGUGGAAGAAGAUUGCAGACGUCAUCAAGUCCAAGAAGCACUUCCCCUUCUUCGACACGGCCUACCAGGGCUUUGCCUCGGGCGACCUCGCACAGGACGGCUGGGCCAUCCGCUACUUUGUCGAGCAGGGUUUCGAGCUGUGCAUUGCCCAGUCGUACGCCAAGAACUUUGGUCUCUAUGGUGAACGUGCUGGAUGCUUCCACUUUGUCACCUCGCCCUCGUCAGAUGCCCAGUCCACCAUGGCCCGCAUUGCCUCACAACUCGCCAUCCUCCAGCGCUCUGAGAUCUCGAACCCCCCGGCCUAUGGUGCCCGCAUCGCAUCCACCGUCUUGAACGACAAGGAGCUCUUUGCCGAGUGGGAGGCCAACCUCCGCACAAUGUCGGGUCGUAUCAAGGAGAUGCGGACGGCACUUCGCAGCAAGCUCGAGGAGCUGGGUACCCCGGGAACCUGGAACCACAUCACAGACCAGAUUGGCAUGUUCAGCUUCACCGGUCUGUCCGAGAAGCAGGUGCUGAAGAUCCGCGAGGACUCGCACGUGUACAUGACCAAGAACGGUCGCAUCUCGAUGGCCGGCCUCAACACACACAAUAUUGACUACUUUGCAAAGGCUGUCGACAAGGUGGUUCGUGAGACGCAGUAA